UUUUUUUCAGAACCACAAAUUACAUUAUAAGUUAUAAAUUACAACUCAUGGUCAAAUUAAAAAGUGCAAGACUUUCUGCGUCUAACUUAGAUACAAAAAAAUGCAAAUGCAAAUAUCUCAAAACUAGAUGUGCGAGAAAACAAGUAAAUACAUCUAAGCACACAAAGCCAGAUGAAUUGAUUGAUGAUUGAUUUUUUCUGAUGGGGAAAAAAAAAAGAAUUUGCUGUUGCUAGUGUUAUUUCGAAUAUAUUGUAGCUUCUGUGUUUUCUAAAUUGUUUCAACUUGUUGUUUUCAGGGGGCCAGAUGAUUUCCUCGUUGUGUUUCUUGGCGGCACUUAGCUGUCUAACAUGGCUUCCAGGCUUGCUGGAGGCCAAAUCCUUGCUGAGCGACAUCCAGCAGGAAGGGAUGGUUCCGGUCAGUGACGUCGGGAUUGAUCCGCAGAGAGCCAACGACUUCCUGAGCCACUCCAGGCCCAAGCGAAACGUGGACCCCAAAUGGUACCGAGGCAACCCGGACUUCCAGGCCUACUACCGCUACUACAGCAGCAUUGGACACACCGAGGGGCUGUACGAGAUCGACAAGUUGAGGCUGCUGUACCAGCAGAUGAGGCACUUGGAGCAAACGUACGGCCCCAACGCCUCAUACUUCCAGAACAAACUGGGGCUGGGGGUCCCUCAAAUUAUCUGCGACCCCACCACAGACAAGAAGUGCAAAGUGGUCGCCCCUCCUCCCCCACCGCCCAUGAAAGGUUUCCCUAGGGCCACCGAGCCGCCGGCCACCGAACUUCCUCCCCUUCCCCGUGCCCCCGCCAUCUCCCAGGCGGAUGUGCUCUACCUGUGCAACAGCAAGGACCCCCUGUGCAAGCCCCACAUUGUCUACCUGCCCACCGGCGCCGUGCCCGUCCUCUGUGACCCGCGUUACCACCCCCACUGCACUCCCCAGAAGGCUCCGCCCGCGCCGGCUGUGGCGCCCCCGCCGCCUCCGCCUCCCCCUCCCCCAAAGAAUUAUGCGCCACCGCCCAUCCUCCUCAAAAAGUCUUACCCGCCGGCCCCCAUCCGCACAUUUAAAGGCAUGGAGGUCGACUGCGACCCGUACUGGGAUCCCGACUGCCUCAUUGACCACCCACCCAGAGCCAUCAAGGGAAAAGUCAUGGGACCCCCACCCCCUCCGCCGCCCCCACCUGUAGAAGAGGAGAACGAGGAACCUGUAGAGGAACCUGCGCCUCCUCUGCCUCCAAUCCAGAAGAAGGCUUUCCCCUUCCCUUUCUACUACCCCCAAAUGCCCUAUGACCCCCGUGAUGAUCUGUACGACCCUGUUCGCUUCCAGUACCCUCAACCAGAAGCACCUGCGGACGAGCCCCAAGACGAGACCCAAUAGGGCGUCGGCCUUCAAAACGAAUCGGACUCUGGUUGAAAACGUUGCAUGUUGAUGAUGAAGCCAAUAAGGCAGUGGGUUCCCAACCACAUUUUUACAAGUGUGUAGUGGGAAAAUAUCCAGUUUCACUUGAUUGAUCUGAAAACUGUAAUUUAUUUACCACAAACAGUGUAUCUAUGUUCAUGUAUCUAUGCCAGUGACGCAAAGAGACAAAUACUCUCCCACUAGAUGUCAGAAGGUCCAAUUAACCUGUGUGGUGGUUGCCAUUCAUCCAACAGAAUAACUGUGUUCAACUGCAGAUGCCCAGAUUUGACAACAAAGUGCAUUUGUGAGUAAACUGAGACGAGAUAAUCACCAUUGCAGUAAACGUUUUUGAAAUUC